CUUCAAGUCCCAUCAUCCAACGGGGGUUGCUAGGUUCAGCGCAUCAACCAAUCAGAAUUAGAGAACGGCAAAACAGCUUUUGUGCGGCGAACCAUAGCCUUCGCACAUGCGCAGACAAAGCCGGGGCAGAGAUCUAAUCAUGGACCAGGAGGUGACAUCUAAGAGCGACACAGAAGACUCACCAAGCCUAGGUGUACCAGAGCACGGAGCAGAGUCUGAACCCAUCACAAGAGAACCCAUCUCACCAAGUGGAUGUGAGCCACCAUCUCCAAGUGAUGAAGAAGAUGGAAAAGAUAAAGCUAACUAUACUCAGCAAAAAUUAAGGUGCCGGAAGUUCAGCAAACAAAAGCCCAUGGAGAUAAAUUCAAGUAAGGAAUUUGCUAGCUGUAAGGAAUCAGAUAGUGUCUUUGAAAAUAUGAGUUCUCCAGAAAAUGAAGUCAAAACUCAAAAUGAAGACGAUGAAGAGAAGAACAUUAGCAAACCACGUCUACGUAAAUUAACUGUGGAGUCUAAGUAUAAGAGCAAGAAACGUGACAAAGAUUCCCUAGAGAUUUCAAAAUUCUCUAUCCCUUACUGCCCCUUCAAGGUGCAGAAGACUUAUAUAUGCACCGAAUGUGGACGAAGCUGCAUCUCCAGUUCUCACCUCAUCAUACAUCAGAGGUCCCACACUGGAGAACGGCCUUUCUCUUGUAAUGACUGUGGAAAAAGUUUUGCCCGAAAGUCUUCGCUGGUAAUUCAUGAGAGGAUCCACACUGGAGAACGUCCAUACACCUGCACACAUUGUGGGAAGAGCUUCACUAGCAGUGCGACGCUCUCCACUCACAUAAGAAUCCACACUGGAGAGAGGCCAUAUGUCUGUUGGGAGUGUGGGAAAAGUUUUACCAGUAACUCUUCUCUCUUUAUACAUAACAGGACACACACAGGAGAGAAGCCAUACAUCUGUGUGGAGUGCGGGAAGACUUUUUCAUACACAUCCGCUCUUGUCAUACACAAGAGGUCUCACACAGGAGAGAAGCCAUUCACCUGUGACGAGUGCGGAAAAAGUUUUGCUGACAACUCUCGACUAGUAAAACAUAAGACUGCUCAUACCGGAAAUUGGGCGUUUAUCUGUACUGUGUGUGGUAAAGGUUUCACUUGCUACUCAAACCUCAAUGUUCACCAGAGGUCACACACGGGGGAGAGGCCAUACGCAUGUAAUACGUGCGAUAAGAGGUUUGCUCUCAAUAGGGAUCUUGUCCGCCAUCAGACAACCCACACCGGUGAAAGGCCCUAUGCUUGCUCGGAGUGUGGCAAGUGUUUCACUCGUAAGGCUCACCUGACCACCCAUGUCAAAUCUGCACACGUGUAAAAUCAGUCAAGGUGGUUGAAUAAUUAAAAUUGCAAACAACUUUUCUACAUGGUCAGCUAUGGUGCCACAUAGCUGACCAAAAGCAUUAUCAGAUCGGUAAGAAGUACAAGGCACGGUCUUCACAAAAUGUGACCUAAUUUGAGGUAUCACAGCACAUAAGACGUAAAGACCAGACGUUUUGUGGACUUUUCAGCUAUUUUAUGUCAGUUUGCACUAGUCAUAAACUUUGUAAUAUCUCCAGAAAAUAUAAAUUAAGAGUCUACAAGUCAGGGGGCAAUGUUUGUGAUGCUAAAAAGCUUAAGGUUUUUUUAGCACUUCCUUUCCCCUCUUUGAGUUGGAAGGGGGCAGGCUUAGCUACUGAAAUGAGCCUGUCAGUCGCAACACGGAAAAGGAAAUGGGAGAUCUCAUGUCCAGACUAAGACGGUGAGUCAAAAGUCUCAGGACACCAUUUUAUUUCAGAAACGAAAGGGAAAAUCAAAUAUCUGAAUACCCCAGCAAGAAAUGGGUGAGGGGGGCCUAUCUUUUAGGCCAGCGAUCAGCAACCUUCGGCACUCCAGCGGUUGUGAAACUACAAUUCCCAGCAUGCCCCAUUCAUUUCUUAGAAGAGCAGAGCAAGUAAGCAUACUGGGAGUUGUAUGCCGGAGGUUGCCUACCCCUGUUUUAGGCUAUGUCCAGAACAUGGCCACCAUAUUUGGAUCAAAUUUUUCCAAUUGGAAGGGGGUCAUGUAGCAUAUCAUAGAAGACCAGAAUUUUCUCAGAAAUCGAUUGCCGCAAUCAGAUUUGCAA